AUGGAACCUUUAGUGGUGGACGUUGUUCAUUUCUACCCAAAAGAAAAUGCCCAGACGCAUAACACCAACAAGUUCGAAGUUGUGAACGAGGAGAAUCCCACUGUGACCAUAGUCCGCCGCGGUCAACCUUUCAACGGCGUGGUGCGUUUCACUCGAGCAUUUGACGAAAAUGAGGACAUCGUGCAACUAGUCUUCUCGCUCGGGGACAAGCCCCAAAUGGACACACAGGGCUCCAUAUUCCUGCACAGAGAUGCGGUCCCAGAUAAGCACGCCUGGGUCGCCAAGAUCUUAGACGUACAGGGCGAUACUGUCUCUUUUGAGGUGUCGACACCUGUAACUGUGCCAGUUGGAUGCUGGGCACUCCGUGUCGUCACAAGAUUGAAGAGUUCAUCCGCCAGGGAGUUUUACGACUUUGAUCAGGAUAUCUACAUACUCUUCAACCCAUGGAAUCCGGAUGACCAAACUUACAUGGAGGACACCGCUCUGCUCCAAGAGUACGUGCUGAAUGAUGUCGGCAAGGUGUGGGUGGGGCCAAUUAAGACCACACGUGGGAAGCCGUGGUUCUACGGACAGUUUGAUGCAGCUGUGCUUCCCGCGUGCAUGUUCAUGUUGGACAGAGCUGAAAUGCCUUUCCACCUACGUGGUGAUCCAGUAAAAAUGACUCGAGUAAUCUCUCGUAUUGUAAACUCGAACGACGAUGCCGGUGUCCUAGUGGGACGUUGGGACGGGCAAUACGAGGAUGGUACAGCGCCAUCAGAGUGGACAGGAUCCGUUGACAUCCUCGCACAGUACCUGGAGACGCAGCAAGAAGUGCCCUAUGGACAGUGCUGGGUGUUCGCUGGUGUUGUAACCACAGUGUGUCGCGCUUUGGGCAUACCCUCUCGUGUGGUCUCCAACCUGGUGUCAGCUCAUGACGCCAACAGCUCUUUGACAGUGGACAAGUACUAUACGGAGACAAUGGAAGAACUGGAUUACGACCCCAACAACCCCGCUGGAGCCGACUCCAUCUGGAAUUACCAUGUGUGGAAUGACGUUUGGAUGGCGAGGCCCGAUCUCCCACCAGGUUUUGGUGGUUGGCAGGCCAUUGACGCCACACCACAAGAGACAUCCUCGGGCCUGUACCAGUGCGGUCCGGCACCAUUAGAGGCCAUCAAGCAGGGGGUAAUCGGGCUUGGUUACGAUGUAGAGUUUAUGUUGGCUUCCGUGAACGCUGACCUCAUGCGCUGGAGGAAAGACCCCGAAUCGGAGAGUGGGUACUCCAUGGUGGAUACCAAUAAUUAUCACAUCGGUCGCAUGGUUCUCACAAAGAAACCAUACGUGUUCGACCCUCUGGGCGAUGAGGACAGGAUGAACAUUACCGCCGAAUAUAAGCACAGUGAGGGUACAGCCUCCGAGAGGCUGGCUCUAAUGAAUGGAGUUCGUUACUCCGAGAGGGCUAAGAGGUACUUUGCUAUAGCUGGCAACCUCAACAGUGACAUCACUUUCAAUCUGCGCGAAAUCGACACUGUAUCUAUUGGACAGGAUUUCAGAAUCACAGUCGAUAUUGACAACACGUCCAAAGAGGGUCGCAACAUAAAAGCAGCUUUAUCGGCAACGAGCGUGUUCUACAACGGAGUAAAAGCGGAAGUUGUUAAAAAGGUUGAAGGAAAAGUUUUCGUGGGCCCUGGAAAACAUGAAGAAGUAAGCAUCCUGGUGAAAGCGGACGAUUACCUUCCAAAGCUCGUGGAGUACUGUAACAUGAAGAUAUCAGCAAUGGCCAUUGCGGACGAGACCAAGCAGUCGUGGGCUGACGAUGACGACUUUCAAAUACUGAAGCCCAAUAUUAACAUUAAGUUCAACGAAGACCUGAUCCUGGGGCAGCCGGCGACGGCAGUGCUGUCGUUCGUAAACCCGUUGGAGCGCGCGCUGACGGGCUGCGAGUUCCGCGUGACGUCGGCCGGCGUGGCGGGCCGCACGCUGCGCCUCGCCGCGCCCGACGCGCCGCCGCACGGCCUCGUUUCCGCCGAGCUGCCCGUCCAGCCCAAGAAACUAGGUACAAUAAACUUUGUGGCGACAUUCAAGUCGGCGGAGCUCAAGGACAUCAAUGGAGCGGUCAGCGUUGAAGUGUUCGAGGGUUAA